AUGGUUUUAUGCCCAAUCUGUAAACAGACCAUAGCAAGAGAAGAAAAAAAAACAAUGGCAUGCACUGUCACAUGUCAAGCCAUUUUCCAUGGAAAAUGUCUAAACGCAGACGAGAGUGAGUUUGAAGCACUGAGGGCAUUACGAAAAAAUUGGGUAUGCCCGAAAUGUGAAAAGGCACGGAAAAAUAUCCAACCGACAGACAAGUGUCUCAGCCCGCCAAGAUCGGCGCCACAACAACAAACUGUCGACAGCACGUCACAAUUGUUACUUGCUGCCAUUAAAAAUUUAACAGAAGAGGUCAAGGGAUUAAAAUUCUCCCUCGAUGCCAAUGCUAACGAGGUUAUAAUACCCAGCCUGAAACCACUGCAUCAUCAGAUCUAUGCUCUUCGCUCGUAUCCACCAGAGCGAUCAAGAUGCCGAGGAGCACAGACACUACCCCGCAAGUGGCGAAGGUCUUACCCCGGGCCACCCCCGACUGACCCUGAGGAUGCAGAAGAGCUAGCGUGA